AUGGACGACACAACUCCGUGUUGUGUACUCAGAGACAUUGUACAUGACAAAUCUACAGCAACCUAUCACCGUAAAAAUGGAUUUUCACUGCCUAUACAGUUUUACCAGGUGGUAUCAUACAUUCUUGGAAUUUUAUUAAUAACGUUAUCGUGGAUUAUAUUUCUGCCGAAUUUUGGAUAUGCUCAUUUCAUUCCAAUUUCACUCACAGUCGUCUUUUUGGCUAUCGCAGGUCUCUUUGUGGCUGUGUGUUGCUCUGAUCCCGCAGAUCCAAAUGCGCGCGCAGUUCUCUAUGGAGACAAAGAGACAGGUUCAAACUUGACUGAACGAACGGAAGUCAAUGAUGGAGAUGGACAAAUGAGAACCAAGAAAGACCCAGAACGGGUCGUACCAAAAAAGUCUCAUUGUGACGUUUGCAAAAUGGUCGAUUCUACGAGUAAACACUGUAAUAUUUGUAACAAAUGUGUUAUUCGCUUCGACCAUCACUGCGUUUGGGUCAACAAUUGUAUAGGAAGGAGCAACUACAGUCUCUUCUUUGCACUUAUUCUUCUCUCUACUGUCUUCACUACCUUUAUCAGCGUCACGUCACUCGUUGUGAUAAUCCAGGGACAUUGGAGCGGAGAGCCACAAAAAUCGUGGAUCGUUUUCUAUGGAGGUUGCAAUUCUGGCCUUUUCUUUUUCCUAAACUAUACAUUUCUCAUCCUCAGCGUCAUCUCCGCUCUCUUCCUUUGGCAACUCCUAGGUCUCCACUGCUACCUGCUCUACAAGGGACUCACUACCUUUGAAUAUUACACUAUGAGAUGCAGGGACCUAGUAAAUGACCAGGAUAAAAGCAGCUGCUGGACUUGGUGCGUCGAUCGCAUAAUUAUCGACAAGAAGUUUGUUCACGUCGACUCCUAUACUAUUCUUUAG